AUGGCCAUGGCCGACGCGGACUCAGCUCAGCAGAGAGAGAUAGGCCAAUUUCACGCAUCUCGUCGCAAAAACUUUGGCUCGCUCCUGCCCGCCCUCGCUCGGCACUUUGCACGGCUCCUGCUCGCCACGGCCAAGAUCCGGCCCAACUCGGUGGAAUGUCCAUCGCCGGGUCUGGCCUCUUGCGCCAAGCAACUGCACGUCAUCCGCAGGCGCGGGCCAGCGACAUGGCGCGUCCAAGCCAGCUUCAUCGUCGCCGUCGUCGUCGCGGUCACCGACGAGCAUCCCUUUGCUCGCAGUUUCAAAGAUCCAAUGACCGCAGCCACCAAGCCGUGCACUUUGGCAGUCCGACGAUUCGAAUCUCGCCCGUAUCUUGUUGCUUCAGCCCUGCAUCUCUCGGUGCCGGCAGAGCCUCGGGAAGCUGCUCCGCAUACCCUGCACGCCGUAAAUGCGCUCCACCGGAUCUCGGCCACCGAUCGCACUCCGUUCGCUGCUCAGAACGGAAAGGCUUGA